CGUAAACCGAAACAUAGGUUAUAAAAUAGGACGGAGGGAGUAUUUUUUUUAUUGUCAAGGCAACAAAAUUGGCGAAAAAAGAAAAGAAUGAUUAGAGGGAAGGAGAUUGAUUUGGAGGAGAGGAGAGAGAAUUGAAGCUAAAAAUUUUGAGUAUCUUCCCUCCAUACUUUUAAACGAAACCAAACACACCCUAAGGUGAAAAGUGUAGUUUAUUUUUCUCGUCUCACACACAAAAUCGCGGAUACGGUCAUCCCUCCACAAUAGCCAUCCACAUCAAUGGGAGCUCUGAGACUGCCUGCCCUCACUUCAAUAUUCUCUUCCCCAUCCUCCGCCGCCACUGCGGCCGCCAGAUGUUUUCCGUUACUUUCCCGGUGUCCAUCUCACUUCAGCCAGCCUAGACGGCGUUUCUCCUCGCCCAAUUUUUCCGUACAGAGCACCCCCGAGAAGGGGAUCCCUUCCGAAAUUCAAGACCAUAAGCCCCCCAUAGUCCAGGGAAAGGAAAAGGAACGAGUAAUCACUCCCAGAUCCCAGGACUUCAACGCCUGGUAUUUAGAUGUCAUAGCCAAUGCGGAGCUGGCCGAUUACGGUCCUGUUCGGGGCACUAUGGUUAUCCGGCCCUACGGCUACGCAAUUUGGGAGGCCAUCCAGGAAUACUUAAAUGUGAAAUUUAAGGAAACUGGCCAUAGCAAUAUGUAUUUUCCACAGCUUAUACCAUAUUCCUUCAUUGAGAAAGAAGCGAGCCAUGUUGAAGGAUUUAGUCCUGAAUUAGCUCUUGUAACCAUUGGAGGUGGAAGAGAACUUGAAGAAAAGCUUGUUGUUCGACCUACAAGUGAAACUAUUGUGAAUCAUAUGUUUACUCAGUGGAUUCAUAGUUACCGUGAUCUUCCUCUCAUGAUCAACCAGUGGGCAAAUGUCACAAGAUGGGAGAUGCGUACAAAACCAUUCAUCAGAACACUUGAGUUCCUCUGGCAAGAGGGCCAUACUGCCCAUGCCACUUCAGAUGAGGCCGAAAAAGAGGCAAUGCAGAUGAUUGAUGUCUAUACAAAAUUUGCUUACGAGCAAGCUGCAAUACCUGUUAUUGCAGGUAGAAAAUCAAGAGUGGAGACCUUUGCUGGGGCCUCCAAGACCUACACAAUUGAGGCAAUGAUGGGUGACAAGAAGGCUUUGCAGGCAGGAACUAGCCACAAUCUCGGUCAGAACUUUUCCCGAGCAUUCGGAACUCAGUUCACCGAUGAAAAUGGGCUAAGGCAACAUGUGUGGCAGACAUCUUGGGCAAUCAGCAGUCGGUUUGUGGGUGGGAUUAUUAUGACACAUGGGGAUGAUGCUGGUUUAAUGUUGCCUCCAUGUUUAGCACCAGUACAGGUUAUAAUCAUCCCAAUAUGGAAGAAAGAUGACGAAAAGACAGGAGUUCUAACAACUGCAUCAUCUGUUAAAGAAAUCCUGCAAUCUGCAGGAAUCAAGGUUAAGAUUGAUGGUUCUGAACAGAAGACGCCAGGAUGGAAAUUUAACUUCUACGAAAUGAAGUAGGGAGUUCCUCUCAGAAUUGAGAUUGGACCUCGAGACGUUUCAAGUAGAAGUGUAGUCAUCGCUAGACGAGAUGUUCCAGGGAAGCAGGGGAAAGCUUUUGGUAUUUCAAUGGAACAGUCAACUCUAGUGUCUUAUGUAAAAACCAAAUUGGCUGAGGUUCAGUCAUCACUUUUGGAAAGAGCAAUAUCUUUUCGAGAUAGUAACAUUGUGGACGUUUGCUCUUAUAAUGAGCUAAAGGAGGCAAUAUCUCAGGGUAAAUGGGCAAGAGGACCAUGGUCAGCCAGCGACAGCGAUGAAUUAAAAGUGAAAGAAGAAACGGGAGCAACAAUUCGAUGCUUCCCUUUCGAGCAGCCUGAGGGGCCGAAGAAGUGUUUGUUGACUGGUAAUUCGGCACACGAAGUCGCCAUUUUUGCGAAAUCAUAUUAGUAGUUAUGGACCGCCAUUGUCUACAUUUUUGGGAUUGAAGUUAUAAUGAGAUUAGAGGUAAGAUGGGAAUGGAUGGAUAGUCUUUAACUAUUUUGGGACAAAAUAUAGGAGAUUCUAUUUUGUUUUCAAAUAUGUACUGCUUGAAUUGGUUUUACGACGCCUAAUAAACUGAACCCUAAAAA